ACCCGCCACGUCACCGUCACGUCUCAGAAAAUCCAGGUGGCGCUUCCUCAUUGCUCCGCCACAAGAAGACGGAAUCUCGCGCUAACAGAGAAUACUUUUUCGACACACCCCCUACGGGGCAGAAACCCCUCGCCUAAUUCGGCAUUCAUUUGGCUGCUAUCUUUGUCUCUAUGUUGUAUGUAUCUAAGCCCAUGUGCAGAACCCUAUAAAUACAAGGAGCGGUCACGGGUCUCCUCGUUUUCAGCUUCUCUUCUGCAUUGUUCUGCAUUUGCUUGAGGCUAGAGUACUGAGUUUCUCUCUCUAGUGUAGCGAUGGAGGCUGUGGAUUCCACUCGUGUUUUUGUUAGAGACGUCAAGCGUGUCGUCAUUAAGGUUGGAACUGCUGUUGUCACACGAGCUGAUGGAAGAUUAGCUCUGGGAAGAUUAGGCUCACUUUGUGAGCAGAUUCACGAACUGAACGUUCAGGGGUAUGAGGUUAUUUUGGUGACAUCAGGUGCUGUUGGUGUUGGCCGCCAACGUCUUAGAUACAGGAGAUUACUUAACAGCAGUUUUGCGGACCUCCAAAAGCCACAAGUAGAACUUGAUGGGAAAGCUUGUGCUGCUGUUGGACAAAAUGGUCUUAUGGCUCUCUAUGAUACUUUGUUCAGCCAGUUGGAUGUCACAUCAGCACAACUCCUAGUUACUGACAAUGAUUUUAGAGAUCCAGAUUUUAGGAGGCAACUCAAUGAGACUGUCAAAUCUUUGUUGUCUCUGAAGGUUGUUCCUAUAUUUAACGAAAAUGAUGCUGUCAGUACCAGGAAAGCUCCUUAUGAGGACUCUUCUGGAAUAUUUUGGGACAAUGACAGUUUGGCAGCUCUCCUAGCACUGGAGCUAAAAGCUGACCUCCUUGUUCUGCUGAGUGAUGUAGAUGGUCUUUAUAGUGGUCCACCAAGUGAUCCACAUUCUGAACUGAUUCAUACAUACAUUAAGGAAAGACACGAAGGAGCAAUAACGUUUGGAGAUAAAUCCCGGGUGGGAAGAGGGGGUAUGACGGCUAAAGUAAAAGCUGCUGUUUAUGCUGCUUAUGCUGUCAUUCCUGUUGUUAUCACCAGUGGUUUUGCUACUGGAAACAUUAUAAAAGUCUUAAAUGGAAAGCGUAUUGGUACGCUGUUCCAUCGGGAUGCUAGUAAGUGGGUUCCACAAGGAGAAGUUAGUGCACGUGACAUGGCAGUCGCAGCAAGAGAAAGUUCAAGAAGGCUUCAGGCUAUGUCUUCACAAGAGAGGAGCAAAAUUUUGUUGGAUGUAGCUGAUGCUCUAGAAGCAAGUGAGAAGCUGAUAAUUGCUGAAAAUGAUGCUGAUGUUGCUGAGGCACAGCAGGCCGGAUAUGAAAAAUCUUUGAUAUCAAGGCUUGCCUUGAAGCCUAGUAAGGUUUCGAGUCUCGCAAAUUCUAUUCGUGUGCUUGCAAACAUGGAGGAACCAGUUGGCAGAGUUCUGAAGAGAACAGAGCUUUCACAAGGACUCAUCUUGGAGAAACUGUCAUCUCCCUUGGGUGUGCUUUUGAUCAUUUUUGAGUCUCGUCCUGAUGCACUAGUGCAGAUAGCUUCGCUAGCAAUUCGGAGUGGGAAUGGGCUCCUCUUAAAAGGGGGCAAGGAAGCUAGAAGAUCAAAUGCAGUACUACAUAAGAUAAUUACUUCUGCCAUACCAAAAAAUGUUGGGGAGCGUCUUAUUGGACUGGUUACUUCUAGAGAAGAGAUCCCUGAAUUGCUCAAGCUGGAUGAUGUAAUUGACCUUGUGAUUCCACGAGGCAGCAAUAAACUUGUUUCUCAAAUAAAGGCUUCAACAAAGAUUCCUGUUCUUGGACAUGCUGAUGGAAUCUGUCAUGUUUACGUAGAUAAGUCUGCUAAUAUGGAUAUGGCAAAGCAGAUCGUUUUGGACGCGAAAACGGAUUAUCCUGCUGCCUGCAAUGCAAUGGAAACAUUGCUUGUUCACAAGGACUUGGUUCAAACUGGCGGUGUAAAUGAGCUCAUUGUGGAACUUCAAACAAAAGGUGUCACAAUAUUUGGCGGACCUCGAGCCAGCUCCUUACUGAAUAUUCCUGAGGCACGUUCGUUACACCAUGAAUAUAGUUCUCUUGCUUGCACUGUUGAAAUAGUGGAUGAUGUAAAAGCUGCCGUUGAUCAUAUACAUCAUCAUGGAAGUGCGCAUACAGACUGCAUCAUAACUGAAGAUCAUGAAGUUGCAGAUAUCUUUUUACGUCUAGUUGACAGUGCUGCUGUAUUUCACAAUGCAAGUACACGAUUUUGUGAUGGCUUUCGUUUUGGACUAGGAGCAGAGGUUGGCAUUAGUACAAGUCGCAUUCAUGCUCGUGGUCCUGUAGGUGUUGAAGGAUUGCUCACAACACGAUGGCUUGCACGAGGAAGUGGACAAGUGGUAAAUGGUGAUAAAGGCAUUGUGUAUACUCACAAGGACUUAAAUCUGCAGGCUUAAGACCAAGCAAUCAAAAUAACCAACAAUGAUUUACAGGCUAAGUUGCUUCCCGUGAUGUUACUACUAUUUUCUGCAGCUGUCUCAUGAUUCAAUCGUAAUCGAUGCAGAUAGCUAUUGUCGUUACAAGGAGAAGCACAUAGUUCAGGCAACCUACUUCGGUUCCAACACAUGGUGUGUAUCAUCAUAUUUAGACAACUUGGGUUAGCAUAAAUUAAUGGAUAUCUCAAAUUUCAUGAGAAUAAUAACUUGCAGGAUGAGUGGUGUAUUUAUAAAUAUUAUUUGGGUGAGAAAUCUACACGGAAAUAUACUAAUAUUCAUGCUUGA